UGACGACAAUGAAAAUGAUAAUGAUGAUAAUAUUUGUGUCACUGAAUCUUUGUUAAAUAAAAAAGAAUCCAUAGAAAAUACCAUAACUAAGGAAAUCAAUAAUUCUCAAAAUCAUUUAACACAACAAAAACGUAAUGACAUAAAAAUUAGUUGCUCCGAUUUAACAAGUGAACUGAGUUCGUAUGAGACGCCUUUACUAAUGAUGACGGAUGACGGCAUCCAUAUGAAACAACUUCAAGUUGAGCGGUAUGAUAAAAGUCCUCGUCGCACUCCAAAGGUCGAUGCUGAAUUCUUUUAUUCAGUCAAUGAUUUAUUAGAUUACGAUAAUAGACGUCGUCAUCAUAUACACACGCCUGAUGUUGAAUCAGGUUAUUUUGAAAAAUCCGAAGAAGAAUUUGAAAACUCUCCUCCCAAAUGCGAUCCCAUACUUUCGGAUGAUUUAGGUUAUGAAUUGAAUCGUUUCGAGCUAUUAAUUGAUUCCAUAAAUCAACACAGUUCGAAAUCAAGAAAUCGCACGGAACGUGGUUACUGGUCGACAAUUUUCGGCCAGGCUAGUGAGAAUGAAUUAUAUGAUGAUAUGAAUGAGGAGAAAAAAGCGCAUCGUGCCCUUGAACUAUUGGAGGAUUAUCACUCAAGACUAUCGGAACCUCAAGAUCGUGCUUUAAGGAUAGCGAUUGAACGUGUAAUACGAAUUUUCAAAUCUCGUUUAUUUCAAGCACUUUUAGAUAUACAAGAAUUCUAUGAACUAACUCUUUUAGAUGAUUCUAAGACUACACAACAAAAAACUGUGGAAACACUGCAAAUUGCCAGCAAAUGGGAGCAAGACGGUCAUACCGUCAAAAUUGCUGAUAAUCAAGCCGUAAAAGUAGAAAAUGAUGGAAACCGUGCGGCUGACAAAGCCGACGUGAAAAUAGCAGGAACAACAACAACAACAACAGAUGCCAACACAGUUAAAGUGAACGACAUGCAAACUCAAAACAAUGGCCGACAACAGCUAUCACAUCAAACCGGAAAUUCUGAUGUAAAUAUCGUACACCGUGCAUCCUCACAUAAGGUUAACGGCGACGAAAAUUGGCAAUACGAAGACAUAACUUUGGAACGCGGCACUUCGGGCUUGGGCUUUUCAAUUGCUGGCGGCACCGACAAUCCUCAUAUAGGCAAUGAUACCUCCAUUUAUAUUACAAAAUUAAUACCGGGCGGCGCAGCCGCAGCCGAUGGUCGUUUGUGCGUUAACGAUAUUAUUGUUACGGUUAAUGAUGUAUCGGUGGUGGAUGUGCCACAUGCCGGGGCAGUAGAUGCGUUAAAGAAAGCCGGAAAUGUUGUGAAACUGCACGUGAAAAGGAAACGUAGCGAUGGUGGUGGCGGAGGUGUUAGCACGGGUGCAUUAACUACAAGUCCUAAGAUAGCGGCGAGCUCUGAAACAACGGGUCCCAAGGCCAUUGAAAUCGAUCUUGUGAAAGGUGUUAAAGGUUUGGGCUUUUCUAUAGCUGGCGGCAUUGGCAAUCAGCAUAUACCCGGCGAUAAUGGUAUUUAUGUUACCAAAAUAAUGGAUGGCGGUGCCGCUGCUGUCGACGGACGCUUGUCUAUUGGCGAUAAAUUAAUCGGAGUCAAAGCAAAUGGGGAAGAGAAAAAUUUAGAAAAUGUUACACAUGAACAGGCGGUCGCCACAUUGAAAUCCGUUGUUGAUAGAGUGACAUUAAUUGUUGGCAAAUCGCAGCAUUUGAUGAGUGUAACGCAAACUCAACACUUUAGUCAGGUUAAUUCACAUUCAACAGGUGCGGUAAAUACUGUAGGACAGUCAGUUGUCGAUUAUGCUCGUUCAUCCUCCACCACAGCCACUACCAAUAACAAUAUCAAUCAACAACAAGCAUUACCAUCACUACCACCACCACCACCACAACAACAACAACAACAACACCACCAACAAUACACAGUAGCCUCCUCAUCCAAUCCUGCUGUAGCCGAAAUUGCAUCAGCCUCCAGAUCCCAGUCACCUUUGCCUCAACCAGCGUCCAGAUAUGCAUCAUCGAAUGUUUUGGCUGCCGUACCUCCUGGUACUCCGCGUGCUGUUAGCACUGAAGAUAUAACGAGGGAACCGCGAACAAUAACCAUACAAAAAGGUCCACAAGGCUUGGGCUUUAAUAUUGUGGGCGGUGAAGACGGUCAAGGCAUAUACGUUUCAUUUAUAUUGGCUGGUGGUCCUGCUGAUUUAGGUGGCGAACUGAAACGUGGCGAUCAGUUGCUGAAUGUGAAUAAUGCGGACUUGAGAAAUGCCACUCACGAAGAAGCCGCGCAGGCCUUAAAAACUUCCGGUGGAAUUGUUACCUUGGUGGCGCAAUAUCGACCCGAAGAUUAUAAUCGUUUCGAAGCGAGAAUACAAGAAUUAAAACAACAGGCGGCACUUACUGCCGCUGGUACCGGCACCCUGUUGCGCACAACACAAAAACGAUCGCUUUACGUGAGAGCCUUGUUCGAUUACGAUCCAAAUCGUGAUGACGGUCUACCGUCAAGAGGUUUGCCCUUUAAGCAUGGAGAUAUUUUACAUGUAACUAAUGCGUCCGACGAUGAAUGGUGGCAGGCGCGUCGUGUCUUAGGUGACAAUGAAGAUGAGCAAAUCGGUAUUGUACCAUCGAAAAGACGUUGGGAACGUAAAAUGCGUGCACGCGAUCGAAGCGUCAAAUUUCAGGGUCACGCAGUCAAUGCAAACAAUAACAUAGAUAAGCAAUCAACUUUAGAUCGUAAAAAGAAAAAUUUCACAUUUUCACGAAAAUUCCCAUUUAUGAAGAGUCGCGAUGAACGUAACGAAGACGGAAGUGAUCAAGAGCCGAAUGGAAUUGCGGCCAGCACUAGUGAGUUAGAUGUUAACAAUUUAAAUAACAAUGAUUCCAACGAGCCACAACCUUUUAUGCUUUGCUACACACAAGACGAUGCCAACGCUGAAGGAGGCGAAAUCAUCUACAGAGUGGAAUUGCCAGAUAUGGAGCAGAUAACUCUUAUCUACCUGGAGAAUAACGAUGCUGACUAUCCUUCCGAUGAGAAUGUUUUAUCGUAUGAAGCGGUACAAAGGUUAUCGAUUAAUUAUACGAGACCAGUUAUUAUAUUGGGGCCCCUUAAGGAUCGUAUUAACGACGAUUUAAUAUCGGAAUAUCCCGACAAGUUUGGCUCUUGUGUGCCACACACCACUCGGCCUAAACGCGAAUAUGAAAUUGACGGGCGCGAUUAUCAUUUUGUGUCGUCACGCGAACAAAUGGAACGUGAUAUACAAAAUCAUUUAUUUAUCGAGGCCGGCCAAUAUAAUGAUAACUUAUAUGGCACCUCGGUGGCGAGUGUACGCGAGGUGGCUGAAAAGGGUAAACAUUGUAUUUUGGAUGUGUCGGGCAAUGCAAUAAAACGUUUACAAGUAGCUAAAUUGUAUCCCAUUGCUAUAUUUAUUAAACCAAAAUCUGUCGAUUCUAUAAUGGAGAUGAAUCGUCGCAUGACAGAGGAACAGGCGAAGAAAACUUAUGAAAGAGCGAUUAAAAUGGAACAGGAAUUCGGAGAAUAUUUUACUGGUGUUGUACAAGGUGAUACGAUCGAAGAAAUCUAUAGUAAAGUUAAAAUCAUGAUUUGGUCACAAUCUGGUCCAACUAUUUGGGUGCCAUCUAAAGAAUCUCUAUGACCAACCGCCACUACGACUUGGACACUGCCACCUCGAGUACGUUGUCGACCAGUCUCGCGAUCAACGAUACAUCAUCAAACACCCCAUCAUUAGCAUUAGUAAAUCGAACAAUCGCGCUAGUAACUAUUUCCAUAAAACGUACAUUUUUCUUCUUGUCGUUCCCUAUCAUUAUUCUCUCGCCCUUUCUCUCUCUCUUUCUUUCUUUCUUUCUCUCUCUACCUACUACCACUAAUAACUAAUCAUUAAAUUUUUUCCCCUAUUUCGUCAUUCUCGGAGCUAUUUGGUAAAAAUAAUUAUCCAAGAACGAAAACAAAACAAAAAAAAAAAAAACAAAAAAAAAAACCAAACAAAACAAGGAAAAAAAAGAACGUUUCAAAUUGCGAAAUACUAAAUGUAGAUAAAGAAAAAAAAAAAAAAAAAGAAAAAAGAUUUACAACAUAUACAUACAUAUUUAUAACGUCAACGUUUUGUGAUGACGGCAUUUGUUGUUAAAUUAUUUGAUCUUAGUCAAUCAACCCUUCCUUUCCCACCCCCUUUUAACUUAACGAUGUUUUUAUUAAUAUUAUUAAUAUUGAUUUAAUAAUUUGUUGAUAAAUCUCUCGAAUACCGCUCUAAGGUGGGACAUAAUAUGAAAAAAAAAAAAAAAAAAGUACUAGAAAAAAAAUGAAACAACGUACUCUGUUUGCAGUUUCCUAUAAGUAUUGUUGGGUGCUGGGUAAAAACUAAAAAUUAAAAAACUAACCCGGCUAUAAGAAUUACACAAAUAGAAACAGAUAAACAAUAAUGGACACACACUCACACACACACGCACACAUACGCAAAUACACACAGAGUUAAUAAAUAAAUACACAGAGUGAAGGAGACGUAGAGCCUAAUAUUUAAAGCCUUAAAGAUAGUGGCAAAUGGUUACAAAAUAAAAAUAACAGAAACAAAAAAAAAAAAAAA